GAAAUGUCAACCGAGUGACUGCGAAGCGAAGUAGACCACUGCAUCUCCACUUUAAAUGAUGGUCUGAUCAAUUGGGAAACAUAACAGUCAUUAUACGUCGUCGAACAGCAAACUGUGAAUAUGACAAAUGUGUACUCUUUCGAUGGCAUCCUGGUUUUUGGGCUGCUGUUCAUCUGCACUUGUGCAUACCUCAAGAAGGUCCCCCGCCUCAACAGCUGGCUGCUGUCCGAGAAGAAAGGAGUGUGGGGCGUCUUCUACAAAGCUGCGGUAAUUGGGACCCGGCUUCACAUUGCAGUGGCAAUUUCCUGUUUGGCCAUGGCGUUCUACGUUGUCUUCUUAAAAUGAUAGUCAGGCUGGGCUGGAAAGGACACUGGACGAGUGCAGGCUAGGGAUGGACUCCUCACCGUGGUCAUGUGCUAAUCCUUUUUGGGGGAAACCUCUUGGAUUACCUGACCGAUGAAACCCCAUUGGCCCUGUGGAGCUAUGAGAAAGACUAGCCAGUGCUGCCCCCCUCUGGUGACUGAGUACAUAACUCUUCCCCUGGUAAUUUGUAUGCACUACAAACUAUUAAGGGCAUCCGGAAUCUUCUCAGCAGUUGUUACAGAGGAGAUAGACGGUUGGGUCACAUGGUAUCAUUCUAUUGUAGGGUAACACUGUUUGUUGUCUCCAUCCACACCCCAUACAUAUUUAUAUUGAAGGAUGCAGAAGUUUGAAGGGCAGUGUGUGUAUUAUACCUUGUAUCUGUACACAACCUAAAAUUAGCCUAACUGUAUAUAUUUGGAAAAAGAUAUGACCAGUAGAGAUUUGCCAGGGGUUAUGUGUGAUCAAACCAGAAAUGAUCAAUUCUACUUGCUCCCAGCUAUGCUGUUUUUUUUUCUGUAUCACCUCUUGUGUCGAGGGUGGAAGGGAAGAUAAACAAAGCUAAUAUAUAAAGAUGUUCUUGUGUACACUAUAUUUUACGUUAUUUAGAACUCUUACCUUUUCUCAACAGUGCUGUUUGGCAUCUCUUAAAGGAGCUGUAUGCAAAAUUCUGAUUCUGGGCCGGGAUUGCCUUCACACGGCUCUCACGUCACAAACAAACACGCAAGUGGAGCCGACAUGGCGUUGGCUAGCAAUGCUAACGGGGCUAACAGUGCCCACGGUGCUGCCACUGACCAUGGCUACCUAGCUUCUGCGGGGCCAACGUCCCACCGACACGUUUGGGGCGGCGUAAACAGCAGUAACCACGUUAGAAACCCUGCUGUCCCAUGCACGCCCGGCCUAGGUAGUGCUCAGUGCAGAGCAGUGGUGAUUUUAGGUGGCGAUUAGCAGUGGGACAUGCAUAUGAAGGCAGGCAGGGAAAGAAACGGGGAGGACCAACAGUUUUAAAGACAAGCCAGUCUCAAAUGCUCUAACAUGCACAUGUGGCCGGCCCAGCUACAAGAACAAAGAAGUUAAAAUUACAGCACACAGGGAGUGUGACUACAUUCUCUGCGCAGGAUGCCAUUGCCCCGCUAUGUUUAUGUUAUGAAUGUUGUCAUAUAGCUCCUUUAAGCUUUGUUUUAGGUUUGAAAUACACAGGUGUAUGUUGUAUUUACUUUGAUAUCUAAUACGAUAACAUGUUUUAAAUGUCAUAAAAAUGUGAAUUGUAAGACCCGUAAAAGACAAAGUUCUACCACAACUGUAGAGUAUCGCAGAGAGAAGAAUACUUUUGAGAGGUUUAUUGCAACAUAUUGUUGAAUUAGAUAUCUCCAUCAAACUUGCCUAAACAUUUAAAUGUAAUGCCAAAUAGUGAUGGUGCUUCUUAUCCCAUCUUAAUUACAUACUGUUAUUCUGAGUUUAAUUCUGCCACCUUAUUUUAUUUUUUAAAGGAAUAAGUUGUUUUGAGAGGGGAUGCAAUGAAAUUUUGAGUAAAACAUCAUUCAGACAAUUUCUGUGUUUGUGGUCUUUUAAAAAAAAUGUCAAGUCUCUAGUGGCAUUCAGUAUUUAUACAAUGUAUUGCACCAGUCCCUUUGGAGGUUUUUCAUGUUUUAAUGUUUUGAUUUAAAUCCCAUUGGGUGCAAUUGCGUUUGUUUUUCUUCACAAAAAGGGAAACAAUCCACCAAAUCAAUUCAAAAGAAGCAGGCAGGCAACAGUAUCUGUCUGCAGUGUCUCCCAUCACCCCCAACAAACCCUGUACCUCCAUUAAACUUGCAAGACACCUAAUUCUCUUGGCGGCUUCUGCCAAUAGUGCCCUUGCCACGACAGUCUUUGUUUUCAUGACACCUGUUCCCAGCAGAUUUAUAACUGUGCCAUAUUUUCAUAAUUUAUGUUUUAACUUACUAUACUAUUUACUCCACUGCUUUGGACUGAUACUUUAAAUGUAAUUUUAUAGGAAAGACCCAUUUUAAAGCAGACAUUUUGACUCACAGGUGUCAUUCAUAAAAAUUAAACAGUAACUCCGUU